UCGGGGCCCCGGGCAGAAGUUGGGGGGCCCCAAGCAGGGCGCCGCGGAGGAGGCCGUGGGAGGGAGCGCGGGUACGGUCCCUGGAGGCGGCCGCAGCCGGCGGGAGCCCGGCGAGGAGCGGCGGGCGGUACCGUCGGGGCCACCGUCGGCGAUGGGCAGCGUGCGGGGGCUCCGCGGGGCCGCGCUGCGGGCGCUGGUGUCGCUGGCCGCGGGGCUGCUGGCGUGCGGCGGGGCCAGCGAGUACGACUAUGUCAGCUACCAGUCCGACCUGGGCCCCUACCCCGGCGGCCGCUUCUACGCCAAGCCCCACCAGUGCGUGGCCAUCCCCGCGGACCUGCGGCUCUGCCACAGCGUGGGCUAUGACAAGAUGGUGCUGCCCAACCUGCUGGACCACGAGACCAUGGCCGAGGUGAAGCACCAGGCGAGCAGCUGGGUGCCCCUGCUCAACAAGAACUGCCACAUGGGCACCCAGGUCUUCCUCUGCUCCCUCUUCGCCCCCGUCUGCUUGGACCGGCCGGUCUACCCGUGCCGCUGGCUCUGCGAGGCUGUGCGCGACUCCUGCGAGCCUGUCAUGCAGUUCUUUGGCUUCUUCUGGCCCGAGAUGCUCAAGUGUGACCAGUUUCCCCAGGACGACGUCUGCAUUGCCAUGACCGCUCCCAAUGCCACCGAUGUCUCCAGGCCCAAAGGAACCACCGUGUGCCCUCCUUGUGACAACGAGAUGAAGUCGGAGGCGAUCGUGGAGCAUCUGUGUGCCAGCGAGUUUGCCCUGAAGAUGACCAUCAAGGAAGUGAAGAAGGAGAAUGGGGACAAGAUGAUCAUCCCACGGAAGAGGAAGGCCCUGAAGCUGGGUCCCAUCCGGAAGAAGAACCUGAAGAAGUUGGUGCUGUUCCUGAAGAACGGCGCCGACUGUCCCUGCCACCAGCUGGACAACCUUGGCCACUACUUCCUCAUCAUGGGCCGCCAGGUGAAGACCCAGUACCUGCUGACAGCCAUCUACAAGUGGGACAAGAAGAACAAAGAGUUCAAGAAGUUCAUGAAGAAGAUGAAGGCUCCAGACUGCCCCACGUUCCCCUCCGUCUUCAAGUGAUGUGGUGGGCGGCGGGAGAGCUGCUGCCCGGACCCUGUGCAGCCCGGCACCGCGGCUCCAUCUCGCUCCUCUGCGGCAGGGAUGCUGGAGCCAAGCCCUCCUGCUCCUCCCUUGUGCUCCUUGGAGCUUCCCUCGCUGACCCCAGCCUUCCCACCUCCCUGCUGCUGGCAUUUGCCUGAUGGCCUGGGUGAGCGUGUGCCACGCGGGCACCGAGCGGUGGCCCAGGUCACACUGACUGACACCAGCGGCACCCAAAGCCCUGUGGCUGUUGGGAUGGCCGCUUGCAUAGCAGCUGUCAGGUAAAGAGGGUGAGCAGAGGCGUCUGAAGUGCUGUCCAGAGGUGACCUGCUGGCAGCACGGACCCUUGGCACCCUGUCACUCCUGUCUCCAUGGCUGCAGGGUCACCCUAACUGAAUCCCCGUUUGAACCAGAGCCAGGCAGUUGGGAGGAGAUCCCAUCCUGGUGGGGAGGGUUAAUGAACACAGAGUGGAGAACCUGUCCCAGCCUCUGGCAAAUCCUCCUCUUAGCUAACUGCCCUCACUGUAAAAAAAAUAAAUCCCUUAGUAGUGUAAACCUGCUUAGUUUAAGCCUUAGCCCUGAGGCCUUGGUGGUACCUUGACCAGCUGGAGCAGUGAGCCCUCCCUUGCCAGCACCUCCUCUGAAGUGUCCCUGGGAUGCCCACCCUGGCCUCUGUCAUGCCAAGGUGCCCUGGCUGAGCCCUUCAAGCCUGGUAACAUCCUGCUCCUUUGCCAGCCUUUGGGUCCCAUGUGGCACUGCCCAGUUUGAUGGUGGCAGGGGGGGGGCUGCCCUCACACAUGCCCCCUCCUGCAGCAGCAUCCUGCAUGCUCCCCUGGCAGCCUGUCCUGGCAGAGCCCCUGCACGUGUGUGGCCAGAGCUGCCGGUGCCCAGCAUU